CUUUGUUCUCUUACAGUGGGGAAGACUUCCCUGAUCACACGCUUCAUGUACGACAGCUUUGACAACACGUAUCAGGCAACAAUUGGAAUCGACUUCCUGUCAAAAACCAUGUAUUUGGAGGACAGAACGUUGGGGGUCUCUGACUUGCAGGUUCGGUUACAGUUAUGGGACACGGCAGGCCAGGAACGUUUCAGGAGCCUCAUUCCGAGCUAUAUAAGAGACUCCACCGUAGCUGUGGUGGUGUAUGACAUCACAAAUGUGAAUUCAUUCCAGCAGACUUCCAAAUGGAUCGAUGAUGUGAGAACGGAGAGAGGAAGUGAUGUCAUCAUCAUGCUGGUUGGCAAUAAAACCGAUCUGGCAGAUAAGAGGCAAAUCACGAUUGAGGAAGGCGAGCAGCGGGCCAAGGAGCUGAGUGUGAUGUUUAUCGAGACCAGUGCCAAGACAGGCUACAAUGUGAAACAGCUGUUUCGACGUGUGGCAGCUGCUCUUCCAGGAAUGGAGAGCAUGCAGGAGACAAGCAAAGAAGGCAUGAUUGACAUUAAAUUGGACAAACCACAGGAGCCUCCAACUACCGAGGGCGGAUGUUCCUGUUAAUCGCUCACAUCUGAUUUACAGCAUCAUCUACACCACAUGCUUGUUGUGUUGCUUCCUCUUGGUUAGCCUCCAGUUGUGUUUUCAGAUUGGAUAUUUGGCCUUCCCAUCUGACUUUAGUAACUGGUUGGAAUCAGUGUUACAUCAAUUUCAAUUGUAAAAUAGUAUACUUUAGUUACAAAAUUGCCAAAAAUCCUAAAAAUUCGAAAAGUAAAGGGCAAGAAUCAACAAAAAUGUAGACUAUGUCCAACAUUAUACUUUUUGAAAAUGUAGAGAGGUAGAUUUUUUUCUUUGUUUUGUAUUUUUGUAUACAAGGAUGAGCACUGAAACAGAUGCAUACAGAAAAAAUUCUAUAAUUUUGCCAUAAAAUAAGCAGGAUUUCAAAGGAAAGAGGGCAAUCCAAACAACUAAUAACCCACAGAAUAUGGAAAACAUGCAUGUUAGCCAUUUUGAAAAGUAUCAUCUCAAUCCUGCUGUCUACUGUGCACAAGAUUAUGUGAAUCUCGAUGCAUUUCAUGAAAUCAACUUAUUUUAGCCUUUUUUUUCUUGCUGUGACAAAACUUGAAAUUUUAAGUUCGUGUAAAUGUGUCAUUUCAGAUCCCUUAAAACCUUUCCAAAUUAUGUGUGAUUUUUUUUGUUAUGUUUAUGUACAGUUUGUGUCCUAAUUACACGGUUUAUUGAAUGUUUACAACAUAUUUUUUCUUUAGAAUUUCCUGUUCGCAAUGAAAGCAAACAGCUUGUGCAAACAACCUGAUAUCAAGAGAGGUGGAAUGUUUCUUAUUCUUUAAGUAAAUUAGCUCAUUUAGUGUAUUGCAGAUAGUCGGAAGACUAAAAACAUGACAGAAGCAAAUCAUGCAUCUAAACUAGGCCAUUCAUUUUUCAUUGAUUAGAAUAAUUCAUUUGCACGCUAGCAGUUUCCACACUGAUUCAUCAAACAGUCCAGUUCUAUUGUAAAUAUAUCAGCUGUCGUUUUCAAACAGGCUUUAAUAUCAGAAAUGCAAAGAUGGGACAUUCCUUCAAAAAAUAACUGUAGUUCACUUUUAAGAAUUAGCAUUAUGCAGCAUUAUAGUGUUUGCCUUGUGUAGGAACCCACUCAUGUCCACAGCUGCUCUUUGGGCCAGUAAAUUGUAGUGAACUGACCAGGGGGACACAGAUUGUGUAGUAUAUUAAUUUAUCUGAAAUGUAUUUAGUGUGAAUCCUUAAUGCACUUUUUCAAGAAAGGAAGAUGUAAAUGUUUCAAAAUUGCUGUCAAACGUCUCUGUCCUUGAAACCACUUUAGAGUUCAAACUGUAGCGUUCUUCUCUUGUGAAAGUCUCCUGAGGGUCGCUGUACAGAUAAACUAUUUGUAAAGUUGCUUCACAUAACCCAGAUACGAGUCGCGACUAGCUAUUUGUGACGUCAAGGAAUUGUGAGUAGGAACACAUGACGUUAGCGCCCCCAAAAUGUAGAAAUGCCACAAUUUUCUUACUAAAUCCAGCAGAUUUUAGUUGGAAUGGAAGGUAAACUCCACUGAAUUGCAGCACAGUUUAACCCUUUUGCUUUCUAUUUUUGGAUCGUUUGAAACCUUAAAGGCUUCGGAAAAAAGAUGUCACUUAACGGAAGCUGGAUGGGGUUAUUUAUUGGUUUUGUUUACAUUUCGUUUUCUGUCUUCUGAAAAGAGGUUCUCAUUUGAAUUUAAUAGGGUGCAGAUGUAUGAAAUCAUAUAGUCAGUGUACCUGUACUACCGGAAGUCAUUGUGAUUGACACCACGCUACAUCAGCCUUGGGUGAAUGUCUGUGUGUGAAUUAUGCUUUUAAGGGUGCAGCCAUUCCCUGUGUAUAUGUUUUAGCUCAGCGGAGCCAGCCUGAUUGAUUCAGAGCUAGCUUUACCAUUCACACUGUAUAGAAGUCUAGCAUGUUGGUCCAAAUCAGUAAAAUCAAUAAAAGUGUCUUAUUACCAAAAAAAAAA